GUAUCGAAGGAAUCAACAGCCGCCAUCUUGUCGUGGUUCGGAAUUAGGAUUUCGGUCCAACACUAUUUUUUACUGAGAAAUCGAGCAUCCUUACCUAGAUAUGACAGCCUCUUUCCCCUGAAAACGAAAUCUUAUCGUCGUUUGGGACGUAUUUUGUGAGAAAAACCGGGAAUUGGAUCGGCGUUCGUCGGACAGAAAAGCUCCGUAUAUCUGAUUUCCCCUUCAGAGUGCGGCGCUUCAGCCCCUAUCGCCGUUCGGAGCAGUAUUGUUUACCGUGGGCAAGAGGAGACCGAGACCGUGACUUUCGGACAAUUUUGCAAAAAUACAGCAUUUUUAUGCAAUUGUGUAUUUUUAUGGAGCCUCGCACGAUUUUUGCAUGAAGAAAUUUGACGUCACGCAGAAUGGGUUCUCUGAACACCUAAAAAUAACGACUCUUGCCUGGAAUGCAACAAUCGACCUAAAUAUAUUUGGCUAAUAUUUUGACGUUCGAUUUUUCAUGGGGAAUAUUUUAUUUUGGGUUAUUUAACGAUAAUAAUGUGGGUGUUGGGUGUUGGAUUAUCAUGGGGUGAAUGGCGGUGGCGAAGCGGGGCGCUAUUGCAUCUCUUUUGAAAGACACUGACUCUCACUGCAAGGAGUAGCUAACGCUAACUUAGCUGGUAGCAGGCAAUUAGCUAGCUAUUAGCCAGUUAGCUAACGUUAGCAGGCUGCCAGCUUGCUAAUGUGCUAGCUAACCGGGAAGGUGCAGGUUGGCAGAGCAACUUUUCCUGUCAAAAGAUCAUCAUAUUUAUCAACACUUUGCAAGCAACCAGCUAGAGAAGAUCCACAACCAUGGCUGAAAACCUGCUGGAUGUUGGACCUCCCAACUCAAAGCGACCGAAGCUGAAUUCACCUGCCCUGUCAGCGUCAGAUGGAGCAGAUUUGGGGUUGUCGUGGGAUGAUUUGGAGAAUGACCUUCCAGAUGAGCUGAUCCCUAAUGGAGGAGACGUGGGCAUAAUGGGCGGGAUGCCCUCCAAUGGCGGCUCUGCACCAGGCACCGGUGGGCCGGGUGGCACUGCAGCGGUCCUUGGCGGAGGCGGUGCCACGACCAUCGUCCCAGAUGCAGCCGCCAAGCACAAGCAGCUCUCGGAGCUCCUUCGAGCUGGUAGCACCUCGGGCCUCACUGGCACAGGGCUGAACUCAGCCAGCCCUCAACCAGGUGGCAUGGGGGCUCAGCUGGGCACGCCGCUGGGGAAGAGCCCCUUGGGUCAGGGCUCACCCAACAACCACCCAUCUCCCCAGGCUCAGAAAGCAGGCACACCCACUGGAGUAACGGGGCAGAACAGCAACAACACAGCAGCUAUGGGCUUGAACACAGCAGGCUUCAACCAGGCGAUGAUUAACAAUAGCCAGAGCCAUGCAGGGCUCCUGACCCAGGGAGGGCAGUCCCAGCCGGGGCAGGUGAUGAACGGGGGCCUGGGACCUGGGGCUGGGAGAGGCCGGGGAGCUGGGGUGGCAGGCAUGCAGUACCAGGGAACGAGCAUGCCCGGGACUGCACCGGGCCCUGGAGGAGCAGGGAGCGCACUGGCAGAGACACUCACCCAGGGAGGGCAGCAGAUGGGAGCUCACACCACCCACAAUGCAGCCCAGCAGGCAGGCAACAUGAACAAGAUGGGCCUGGGCAGUAAUGGGGGUCCAUUCGGGAACCAGGCAUACGUUCAGGGUGCAGCGGGUCCAGGCCAGCAGCUGAACCCUCAGCAGCAGCUUCAGAACAAAGCUGCGCUCACCAACAGCCUGCCACCCUUCCCCAGCGAACUCAAGGGGGCCGCAGUCACUAGCGUGCCAAACAUGCAGCCCCAGCAGCAGGCAGGCAUGUUGCCUCUAGCCGGCAGUGGAAGUGUGGCAGUGCCAUCGGCGGGUCCCACGGCUGACCCAGAGAAGCGCAAGCUGAUCCAGCAGCAGCUGGUCCUGCUGCUCCACGCACACAAGUGCCAGCGGCGGGAGCAGGCCAAUGGGGAGGUGAGGGCCUGUGCCCUGCCUCACUGCCGCACCAUGAAGAACGUCCUCAACCACAUGACCCACUGCCAGGCCGGAAAGUCCUGCCAGGUGCCUCACUGUGCAUCGUCCAGACAGAUCAUCUCCCACUGGAAGAAUUGCACACGACAUGACUGUCCCGUCUGCCUGCCGCUGAAGAACGCCAGUGACAAGCGCACACAGCAGCCCAUGCUGAGCUCCCCCAACACAGGCCUCCAGAACCCCAUGUCGUCAGUGGGCGCGGGCCAGCCCAGCGCUCCCACCAUCAACACCUCGGCCCCCAUAGACCCCAGUUCCAUGCAGCGGGCCUACGCAGCACUGGGACUGCCCUACAGCAGCCAGGCCCCAGGGCAGGCCCAGGCACAGCAGGCCCCAGGACCUGGGCAAACCCCUGCUACACAGAAUGCCCAGGCCCAGCAGCAGCUUCCGCAGCAGAUGAGACCCAUCAAUGCACUUGGUAACCAGAUGGCUCUUGGAGGUGCUGCAAUGGGUGUUGCAACGUCAGAACAGACAAACCUGCACACAGACUCCCUUCCCAACACACUCAACGCUAACAAUCAGCUGCUGUCAGAUGGGUCAGCUGUGGGCUCCAUGGGCAACCUGCCCACAGCAGCACCCCUCUCUGCCACAGGUACCAGGAAAGCCUGGCAUGAGCACGUCACUCAGGACCUGCGCAAUCACCUCGUACACAAACUAGUACAAGCCAUAUUCCCCACCCCUGACCCGGCAGCUUUGAAGGACAGACGAAUGGAGAAUCUGGUGGCCUACGCCAGAAAGGUGGAGGGGGACAUGUACGAGUCAGCUAACAGCAGGGAUGAGUACUACCACUUCCUGGCUGAGAAAAUCUAUAAGAUCCAGAAGGAACUGGAGGAAAAGAGGCGUUCACGGCUACAGAAGCAGAUCAUCAACCAGGCCCCCCUGGCCGCCCAGGGGACUCAGCAGCCCGGCCUCCCUCAGCCCAAUGCCCUGGGCCCCAGGCCACAGAAUGGACCUGUGCCUAUGCCCAACGUGCCAAAUCAGAUCAUGAAUCGAAUGCAGGUUUCUCAAGGAAUCAACCAGUUCAACCCCAUGGCUUUGCCCAAUGUCCAGAUGUCCCAGGCACCCAUAGGAGCACGUGCUGCAUCCCCCAUGAACCACCCACAGCAAAUCAACAUGAGCUCUGUCCCAACGAUGGGCAUGUCCCCCUCCAGGAUGCCCCAGGCCCAGGGCAUGAUGGCAACUCACAGUGGAGGCAACAUGACGGGCCAGACGGCUACCCAGGGACAGUUUCUGGCUCAGACCCAAUUCCCACCCGGAUCUGCCACUGUCGCUGCUGCCACGGGUGCCAUGAAUGUUACCGUGGGGCCUGGCAUGGGCCAGCCACCAGCACAGGCUGCAGUCACCCAGCAGCAGCAGCAGCAGCAGCAGCAGCAGAGUGCUAACCUCCCCAUGAAUGCGCUUGGCCCCUCGUUGGGCCCGCAGCUAGCCUCCUCCCAAACCCCCUUGCACUCCACGCCUCCGCCCGCUGCCUCCUCUGCCUCUUCGGCUGGGGGGGCCACUAACCUGCCGCACCCCCAGCCCUCCAGCCGCAGCUCCACCCCCACCCUCCCUGGCCCCGCCCCAGCCCAGGGUGCCACCCCACCCCGCCCCACCCAGCCCCAAACCCAGGCGGAGCUCCCCGCAGCAGCACAGACGCAGCCCCCGCCUCAGCCCCCUACCACGCCGCUAUCUCAACCAGGGGCCAGUCUGGACAACCGGGUGCCCACCCCGGCCUCAGCUGCCAGUGCUGACCUACACUCACAGCAUGCUGGAGCGGACCUGCCUGUCCAGGAGACCAAAGCAGAGCCGCGCCACGACCAGCAGGACUUUGAGGCCAGUGGCGGCAAGACUGAGCCCAAGAUGGAGACCGAAGAUGACUCUGGCUCACUGUCAAUGAAGAAGGAGGAGCCAGAGGAGAAGCAGGAGCCAAUGGAGGUGGAGGAAAAGAAGCCGGAAAUGAAGACAGAACCCAAAGACGAGGAGGAUGGAGGCUGUAACAGCACAACCUCCUCAUCCCCAUCGCAGUCACGGAGGAAAAUUUUUAAGCCUGAGGAGUUGCGCCAAGCUCUGAUGCCCACCCUGGAGUCUCUCUACAGGCAGGACCCAGAGUCACUGCCCUUCAGACAACCGGUAGACCCCAUGCUGCUGGGCAUCCCGGACUAUUUUGACAUUGUGAAGAACCCCAUAGACCUGUCCACAAUAAAACGCAAGCUGGACACAGGCCAAUACCAAGAGCCCUGGCAGUAUGUGGAUGACGUCUGGCUCAUGUUCAACAACGCCUGGCUUUACAAUCGCAAGACGUCCCGCGUCUACAAGUACUGCUCCAAGUUGGCUGAGGUGUUUGAGUCUGAGAUCGACCCCGUCAUGCAGGGCCUGGGCUACUGCUGCGGCAGGAAGUACGAGUUCUCCCCUCAAACCCUGUGUUGCUACGGCAAGCAGCUGUGCACCAUACCCACUGGAGGCACAUACUACAGCUACCAAAACAGAUAUCAUUUCUGCGAGAAGUGCUUCAAUGAGAUCCAGGGGGAGAGUGUGACGCUAGGGGAUGAUCCCGCACAGCCACAGACAAUGAUAUCAAAAGACCAGUUUGAAAGGAAGAAGAAUGAUACACUAGACCCUGAACCAUUUGUUGAAUGUAAAGACUGUGGACGGAAGAUGCACCAGAUAUGUGUCUUACACUACGACGUCAUCUGGCCGUCUGGAUUCGUCUGUGACAAUUGUUUGAAGAAGAGUGGUAAAACACGGAAGGACAACAAGUUCUCUGCAAAACGGCUACAGUCUACACGGUUGGGAAUGUACAUAGAGGAUCGUGUGAAUAAAUACUUGAAGAGGCAGAACCACCCGGAGGCUGGAGAGGUGUUUGUGCGAGUGGUGGCCAGCUCUGACAAAACGGUGGAGGUUAAACCCGGCAUGAAAGCCAGGUUUGUGGACACAGGUGAUAUGCCCGAGGCCUUUCCCUACAGAACCAAAGCACUUUUCGCCUUUGAGGAGAUUGACGGUGUGGACGUGUGCUUCUUUGGCAUGCACGUGCAGGAGUACGGUUCCGACUGUCCUUUCCCCAACACCAGACGGGUCUACAUAUCGUACCUUGACAGUAUUCACUUCUUCAGACCUCGGAUGCUACGGACAGCUGUCUACCACGAGAUCCUUAUUGGUUAUCUAGAAUAUGUCAAGAAACUUGGGUAUGCCCAGGGCCACAUCUGGGCAUGUCCACCCAGUGAAGGGGACGACUACAUCUUCCACUGCCACCCUGCCGACCAGAAGAUCCCCAAGCCUAAGAGGCUGCAGGAGUGGUACAGGAAGAUGCUGGACAAGGCCUUUGCUGAGAGGAUCCUGCAUGAUUACAAGGACAUCUUCAAGCAGGCAACAGAGGACCGCCUGACUAGCGCCAAUGAGCUGCCCUACUUUGAAGGUGACUUCUGGCCCAACGUGCUGGAGGAGAGCAUCAAGGAGCUGGAGCAGGAGGAAGAGGAGAGGAAGAAGGAAGAGAACACCGCUGCCUGUGAAACUCCUGAGGGUACGCCGGGUGACAGCAAAAAUGCCAAGAAAAAGAACAACAAAAAGACCAAUAAAAACAAGAGCAGCGUGAGCCGAGCCAAUAAGAAGAAGCCUGGGAUGCCGAAUGUAGCCAAUGACCUGUCCCAGAAGCUCUAUGCUACCAUGGAGAAGCACAAAGAGGUGUUCUUUGUGAUCCACCUGCACUCUGGGCCCAUGGUCAACACCUUGCCGCCCAUCAUCGACCCGGACCCCCUGCUGACCUGUGACCUGAUGGAUGGCCGCGACGCCUUCCUGACUCUGGCCAGGGACAAACACUGGGAGUUCAGCUCCCUUAGGAGGUGUAAGUGGAGCACCAUGUGCAUGCUGGUUGAGCUGCACAACCAGGGCCAGGACCGCUUCGUUUACACCUGCAAUGAGUGCAAGCACCAUGUGGAGACGCGCUGGCACUGCACCGUCUGUGAGGACUUUGAUCUGUGCAUCAAUUGUUACAACACCAAGGGUCAUGAGCAUCAGAUGGUCAAGUGGGGCCUUGGCCUGGACGACGACAGCAACAGCCAGAGUGGAGAAGCCUCAAAGAGUCCACAGGAGAGCCGGCGCCUAAGUAUCCAGCGCUGCAUCCAGUCUUUAGUCCAUGCCUGCCAGUGCCGCAAUGCCAACUGCUCUCUGCCGUCCUGCCAGAAGAUGAAGAGGGUAGUGCAGCACACCAAGGGCUGCAAGCGCAAGACCAAUGGAGGCUGUCCAGUAUGCAAGCAACUCAUCGCUUUAUGCUGUUACCAUGCCAAGCACUGUCAGGAGAACAAAUGUCCUGUCCCGUUCUGCCUGAACAUCAAGCACAAGCUCCGCCAGCAGCAGCUGCAGCACAGGCUCCAGCAGGCCCAGUUGAUGAGGAGAAGGAUGGCCACCAUGCAAGGCAGAACCAUGCCUCUACCGUCCCCACCAGCUUCAGCUGCCCCCAGCACACCCACUUCCCACCCUCAGCCCAACACCCCCCAGACACCUCAGCAGCCACUCUCCAACCAGCCGCAGACUCCAAACACAGCAGGUGUCAUGUCUCCUUCUUUCCCCAACACACCCCGCAAUGGCCAGCCUCAAGCACCAGUGUCCCAGGGCAAGCCAGGACCCCAGGCCUCCCCUCUACACCAGCAGCAGUCCCCUCUUCCCCAACCACCCCAGCAACCACAGCAGCCCCCGCAGCAGCAGCCUCCCCUGGCUGCAGUCAAGAUGGCGCGGCACAUCGAGAUGAUGGCUCAGGCCCAACAGAACCAGCAGAACUACCGGGUCAACAUGAACGGCCUUCCCAUGAACCCUCAGCAGCCACAGCAGCGCAUGGCCGGACCCAUGCAGCCCCCCAUGCAGAUGGUGCCAGGGCCCCGGGGGCCCCAGGUCAUGCAGCCCGGUAUGGCCCCAGGACAGUGGCCCGGAGCUGGGGGACCCAUGCAGGCCGCCCCAUCUCAACAGCCAGGCCUUCCCCAAGGGCAGUCUCCACAGCAGGCAAUGACCAUGCAGCGAGCCAUGAUGCCCCAAGGGCAGCAGCCGCAGCAGGCCCAGAGGAUGCUGGUACCCCAGCAGCCUGGCGUCCGGCCACAGACACCCCAGAGACCUGGUGCUAUUCCUCCCAACGCCCUCCAGGACCUCCUCCGCACCCUCAAGUCUCCCAGCUCACCGCAGCAGCAGCAGCAAGUCCUCAACAUCCUCAAAUCCAACCCCCAGCUAAUGGCCGCUUUCAUCAAACAACGAACUGCCAAGUACCAUGCCAACCAGCCGCAGCAGCAACAAGCAGGCCAGCAGCAGCAGCAGCCCGGAAUGCCAGCAAUGCAGGCCAUGGCCAUGCAAGGAGGGGCGGUGCAGAGGCCUGGGAUGCCCCCACAGCAGCCACAGCAGCCUCCUACCCAGGGCAUGACCGCAUUAGGGCCCCAAGGGCAGCUGAUGAAUCCAGCUCACAACUCCAACCCGCAGAUCCAAGAGCUCUACCGUCGGCAGCUUUUAAGACAGCAGCAGCAGCAGCAGCAACAACAACAGGGAGUGAUGCCUCAAGGACACCCUGGCCAGUUCCCUCCCCAAGCCCAGGGUACAGCAGCCACUUACUCCCAGCUCCGCAUGCAGCAACAGCAGCAGCAGCAGCAGCUAGCCAUGCAGGCAGGCUCGGGAGCAACCGGGGGACCCAUGGGCCAGCUCCCACCCAUGGCUCAGAUGGGCCAGCCCGGCAUGGGGAUGGACUCACCCCAGAACCUCCUGCACCAACGAAUGCUCCAGCAGCAACAGCAGCAGCAACAGCAGCUUCCCCAGCAGCAGCAGGCCGUCCUGAAACAGCAGAUGGGCUCCCCAGCCCAGCCCAGUCCCAUGAGCCCCCAGACCCACCUGCUGGCUGGCCAGCCCCAGGGUGGAGCCCACCUCCCUGGCCAACCCGCCCUGGCCAACGCCCUCAGCAACCAGGUUCGUUCCCCAGCACCUGUUCAGUCUCCCUGUCCGCCCUCACAACAGCAACCACAGCAGCCGCCACAUUCCAGUCCUUCGCCACAGGUUCAGAACCAGCCCCAGCCCUCGCCCCAGCACCCACCUCCACCACACUCGGGCUCCCCACACCCAGGCCUGGGAGGUCCUCUUUCAGGGUCCAUGGAACAGGGACACAUGGGGACACCAGAACAAAGCGCCAUGCUCCCGCAGCUUAACACACCCAAUAGAGGGGGGCUGAACAGUGACUUAGGGAUGGUGGGAGAUGCUACAGGGGACACUCUGGAGAAGUUUGUGGAGGGAUUGUAGCAUUUCCGCUGGGAACUGAAAAACAGUAUUGCUCCCAGGAACCCAUCCUCCCACUCCUCUUCCUUGUUUCCCCCGGACUCUGUCCUGUUAGAAGGCUUUGUUUGUUCUUUGUAAGGUUGAGAACGCUUUUUGUACUGACAUGUAAAAAGUUUCAACAGUUGUAAAGAGAAAAAAAGACUUUGGGGGGGAGAAAAAAAGUCAACACUUCUAGGGAAUGUAAUAGUUUCCUAAGCCCACGUGAUGGGUAUUUCUUCCUUAAAAUGUUGAGGGAUUUGCAAAUUGCUUCUUAAAUGAAAUUUAAAUCACAAAGAAUAUAUUUUUUGGUUGAGACCAAAUGUGCUCGAUACUUGUUUUAUUUUUGGUUUGUUUUGGUAUGGUUUCAUGCCUUUCUCAUUUCUUUUUUUUAAAGAAAAUUUACAAGACAAUUGCAUUAUAUUAUUCAUACCUUUUUAUUUUGUACCUUUGGAAAAAAACCUUAAAGCAUUUUUGUGUUGAAACUGUAAAAUAAUUUGUCUGGGAAUUGGGCCAGGUUUUCGUUCUCUUCUCAAGUUGUCAUUCCUGGCAGUUGUAAUCUAGUGUUGUACCAUUUUUCAAGACAAUGCGUUCAGGGAUGGAGACCUCUCCCUUCCUCCUUCUGUGUAUGAAGAGCACUCAGUUGUAUUAAAAAAGGAAAUGGACUGCAACAGGUUGUGUACACACGGGCAUGUAUGCAGGCGCACAUGAAGACACUGACACAAACCCUCACAGUCACUGAGAAACACAGUUAUGACCGGUUUCGCAAACAAGGAAAUAAAGACUGCAACCCACAUCUCAGUGGUCUGGAAAUCGGAAAAUCUGUCUUGCAGGUGUAGAAAAUUGUUGACAUUAAAAAGAAUUUGUCAUACCUUUUUGUCAUACAGAUGUUGUAAAGUGUAAAGAGAGUGUGAGAAAAUGACCAGCCCCCUAAGCUGAGAUGGAAUGAUCAAAGGUUGACUGCUUGUUUAUAGGCAAUAUCUCAGAUGACGCCCUAUGCUCUAAGUUUUACACUAAGUCGUGUGCUAUCCAGGUGUAUUUGAGAUUCACCGAGGAAAACUAAGCGUCAUCAACCCUCAUUCCUCUCUCACACAAAAACUUGAAUUAGGGGGAUUUACUUUUUCUCCUAUUGUAAAUCAUGCAAGUUAUUAAGCAAAAUACUAUAAAUAUAAGGAAGAGAGAAUGAAAUCACUGUAUAAAACUGGUUAAAGACUCAUUUCUUACUUAUAUACCAUAUUGUUAAAUAAACUGUGUGCAACAGAA